AUGAUUGCCAUCAGCAGCCUGUCUUUGGCCAUAGAGGAUCCUGUUGAACCUUUUGGUCAGUCCGAGAGAAAUAAGGUACGAGCCACCUGAUGCAGACUCAUGUCUGAUCACUGUGCACAGCUACGGUGGAAGGGUCAGUUAAGGGGUUAAUCCCCAACCCACCCUGUCAACUUUCCCUGUGGGAGGAAACCGGAGUACCCGGGGAAAACCCACGACUCUCGGUAGGGUGUUGACUGACUCUUUUCACCCAUACGUGUCAUGAGAAUCGGACCCACGGUCUCAGAGGUGGGUUCGAUUGCAAUUCUUAGCAUGCCUUAGAAGAGAUUCACACUGCCGCAUACUUUGAUGAAAGAAACUCCCUACCUGUAAACUAGCUUAUAUAUUAAUAAUAACUCUUCUCCAUUCUAGAUUUUAGCCUACUUCGAUUGGGUUUUUACAGUUGUAUUUGCAAUUGAAGUUGUCAUUAAGGUAUGUUUUCAAUGUCUUCCUGUCAGUUGAACGUCCUGACGUGCCUUGAAAACACAGAGCAAAAGUUUUUGACUCAAAAAGUUCAGUAAAAUAAUGCAUCCCACAUGAGUAUAGACACCUUAGGCGUCGACGACGGCCAAAACAAAUUCAUUCAAAUGAAUGAUUGCAAAGUUGAAUGGUUAUGCCGAACAUAUUCAACGGCGUCAACAUCUAUAAGACGAAUGCUUAUGCCGAACGUAGGCCUACUUUGGGGGCCAAGGUCGCUUAAUGUCGCCCAUAUGCACCCAAUUUUUUAACUUUGCCUAACAGUCUAUUCUCCUAAUGUCGCCCAGUUUCGCCCAGCGAUGCAUAUACUACUUUUCUUUGAAAAUUGCUAAUGUCGCACAAUGUUGCACAUAAUAACGGCAACCUUGGCCCCCAAAGUAGGCCUGGUGUACUGGUUGUAAACAAACCGAGGACGAAGUCUAAAUCUCCCGUGCAUGGAUUUUAAUUAUUCAUUUCUUUUCUUUAAUAUUAUUAAUUUCAUUGUAUUACUAGCCGAGGUCGUCAUGUUGCCAUCCUAGAUCCUAAGCGGGUCUCUAAUGACUCGAGUUAAGUAAAUCUUUUCUCGAACAAUACUCAAUAGACCUUUCCCCUUUUAAGUGAAAUUUUGAUCUAGACAAGUCUGGACAAAAAUUUCAUCACAGCUUGAAAGAGCAUCGCAAAAUUAGUAAUAUUCCAAAGUUUCGUUACAAAAUGUUGUAAAAUGCGGAUAAUACAGCCUUGCUAAGUUUGGCGUUUUUCAGUCAUUCUGCAUUACAAACGGGAAAUUGGUAUAAUCAGAUGAUCAAACUGAUUAUCAAUUUCCCGUUUGUAAUACCAAAUGACUGAAAAACGGCAAACUUCGCAAGGCUAUAUUAUCCGCAUUUUACAACAUUUCGCAAUGAAACUUCGGAAUAUUACUAAUUUUGUGAUGCUCGUUCAAGCUGUGAUUUUUUGUCCAGACUUGUCUAGAUCAAAAUUUCACUUAAAAGGGGAAAGGUCUAUUGAGUGAAUUUGAAACUUUACUCCAAAAAUUGAGUAACUUUGCUUAUAAAUUUGUGGUACAUUAUUUCAUUCGGGUUUUUUGUGUAAAAAUACUUAGGGAUUUUUUUGCACUAACCAGAUUCCAUUCCUUGCAGAUUAUCGAUAUGGGAGCUAUACUUCACAAAGGCUCGUAUUUCCGAGAUCCAUGGAAUGUCAUUGAUGCAGUGGUUGUUUGUGCAAACGUCGCAACAUUAGUUAUCAGGUUAGAUUAGCAUAUUUUUUCUAUUCACCCACAAAAAUAUUGACAAGUAUUGAAUAGUACAACGGGCUACAGACCUAUGGAAAUUUUGUUGGACUUUUGUGACGAGGCCCCUAUUGUUUUCGUUUUCAGUAAUAUAAAAAUAUAGACUAUGUACAUACGGACAAUUUGCAAUCGGAAAACCACAAACUAUUUACAAACAAAUGGAAAAAGUUUAAGGAUUAGUGCAUUGCGCAUGCUGUGCAGUGUCAUUAGUAUUCCUAAAAUAUUUACAUCAACUAGACAUCAAGUAAUGUAAUUUCGCAGUUUUCUUAAAAGAAAAAUUUGAUUUAAUAUUUUUAAUUUCUUCAUCAAGACAAUUCCAUAUGGAAACUCCUUUGUUAAAUACAGUGUCAGUGUAUUUACGAUAGCUUGUUGAUAGGUAUAGAAAGCAUCCCUGUAGAUUUUAUUGUUGCGGACCGAACCAAUCUUUGUAUCUUCUAAGUUCUAAGGAAGUUUACUUGUAGUAUACUGUAUUAGAAUAGCGAAGUAGAACGUUACUUACUAGUUGUUCUUUUAAUCGAAUUAGAACAUCAUCAUCUGAGAUUGGCAGUGGAAAAGAUAUUCUCAAAUGUCUUCGAGUCCUUCGCGUACUGCGUCCUUUGAAGGCCAUUAAUAAAUCAAGAAAGCUGAAGGUAGGGACCAUUCGUCUGCAUAACGAAUCAUCGUGUUGGUGUAAUAAUGGUAUUGGUCACCACGCUUGCCUUCAAGCUAGGAGAUCCGCGGGUUCAACCCUUGGUCGGACCUCUACUCAAGGUCUUAAAAUAAUUGAGGAGAAAGUACUACCUUUACAUUGACAUCAGUAAAUGGUUAGACUUUCGCGUCUUCUCGGAUAAGGACGUUAAAAUCGUAGGUACCUCGCAUCCCAUAUCAACUGCGCAAUAUAGCCUGUCGGGAAAUCCGCUCACCGAUGAGUGAGACAGUCAAUGAACUAAUAAACAAGAAGAAGAAUCCUUGCAGGAGUAGAUUUAGUACAGACCGAGUGAAUGUGAAAUUUUAACGUGAAUUAUAGGAUUCUUUGUGGAACUUCAGUUUUUGAUUUUUCCUCUGUGUUUUAUAGACUGUGUUUCAGUGCAUGGUUUAUUCUCUGAAGAAUGUCAUCAAUAUAAUCUUGAUCACUUUGUUAUUCUUGUUCAUUUUUGCCGUCAUUGGUGUACAACUAUUUCAGGUAGAAAAAUUUUAUCUACUGCAGUUUGGUAUAAACUCGCUGGCAGCUGCCAUGCAGAGUCUGUAAAAGGUCUAACUUAAGAUUUUAAGGAAAAUCUGUAACGAAUAUCUUUAAAAACAAUGACGAAGGGAAUACCACUGUCCACGGUAUAACAAAAUGUUCUAAUAUUUUUAGGGAAAAUUAUUUUAUUGUACAGAUCCUUCAAAGAGAACAGAAGAUACUUGCAAGUAAGUCUAGGCUUUCGAAAAACGUUUGUAUUAUUAGUGUGGAUUUUGGUGCUGUUUUCUCCUAUACAGGUUGUAUAAAAAAACUGCACAGAUUUGAAAUUGCUCUCAAUUUCGUAAAACAGCUAUUAGUAUCCAGUUUUUGAUGUAUAUAGUUUCUUUGGGUACUUAUAAUGUAGAAAAAUGGAAAAAAUUUCUCGAACUCAAAGUUUGUAAACCAGGGGGGGUGUGUGUCUUUUCCAACAAACUAAAAAUGGCUUGCGCACGAAAUUUAAAAGCUUUAAUCAUAUUUUGAGUUGAUAGGUGGAACAUUUGUUGGGUUUUUAAUUACUGUACAAAAUUUGCUUUGCUUUACUGUAAAAAAUUAAUUUGCUUUAGUUUAAGCCUUUAACUAUUCAUUUUUCUCUAAAAAAUUAGCCUUUCGCAUGUUUAAUUAAUGCCUUUACCUAAUUUGCAUAUUGCUGACAUAUGCAAAUUAGGCAAAGGCAUUGAUUAGCAUGCAAAUGGUGAUUUUUUAAGAAAAAAUGUAAGUUUGUGUGAAUAGUUAAAGGGCGUAAACUGAAGCAAAUUGUCUGAAAUUUUGUACAGUAAUUAAACACCCAACAAACUUUCCAUCUGUUAACUUAAAAUAUGAUUAAAGCUUUUAAAUUUCGUGCGCAAGCCAUUUUUAGUUUGUUGGAAAAGACACACACCCCUGGUUCACAAAAUUUGAGUUCGAGAAAUUUUUUCCAUUUUUCUACAUUAUAAGUAUAUACCCAAAGAAGCUAUAUACAUAAAAAACUGGAUACUAAUAGCUGUUUUGCAAAUUUAAGAGCAAAUUUCAAAUCUGUGCAGUUUUUUUUUAUACACCCUGUAUAUAACUUUCAAAAAAACUUAUUUUGCCAGAGGCCAGUUUUUCAACUAUUAUCGGGCAGGACAACAUGAAGACAUUGCAUCAUAUAAGGUCAGUCUUUUUGUUUUAUGAACACUGGUAUAUAAUUGCAAAAUAAAUAGAACAAGUCACAUAUUAUUAGCAUUGAUGAAGGUCCGGGCUUACGGAUCGAAAGCUUUGCAGUAAUAAAUUUACGUGGUGUUUUCACAAAAAAAGUAUUAUAUGUUUUAUCGCCAUGCAAACCUACAAAGAACUUAAAUCUUGUAUUGUUUUGAUUUAGUCUUAUGCCCUGCAUGUUUUCAAAUUUCUCUUAUUUUCUAGGUUACGAAGCGUGAAUGGAAAAAACGUGUCUUCAAUUUUGAUUCACUCCCUCACGCAAUGCUCACUUUGUUUUCCUCUUUGACUGGCGAAGGAUGGCCCACGUAAGUUUAAGUACUAUUUAGAACACGAGUAGGAGCGUUUUAUAUCAGAUAUAAAACGCGAGGCGCAGCCAAGCGUUUUAGUACUAGAUAAAACAUGAGCAGCCGACCUUUAUCUGAUAUAAAAACUCGAGCCGAAGGCGAGAGUUUGUAUAUCAGAUAAAGAUCGGAUGCGAAUGUUUUAUCGUGUUUAUAAGACGACCCAUCUUAUGAGUUCAUUGGCGAAGUAAUUUUAAAAAUAAACAUUGUCUAAGCAGAGAAAAUCAAAGCUGAAGUUUAUGUAAAUCAGGACAAAUCUUUUAGAUAACUGACAUGUCUAGUUAUCAUUGUUCCAUGCAGUUUGCAGGGUGAGUAAAAAAACUGACACCUUUGUUAUUCAAAUUAGCCGCGAAGGUAUCAGUUUUUAUUUACUUAUACCCUGUAUGGAAACAUAGAUUGGAACAGAUGUAACUUAGCAUUAGAGUUAUAUAUAAAAGUUAUUCACGCAUGUAGAUAAUCUAAAGCUUAGUUACCUUUGUUCUGAUGUUAUGUUUCUGUAUACUAGAACAAUAGUAACUAGGCAUGUGAGUUUUCUAAAGUUGUGCAUGGAUUGGGUAUAAACGAAGGUUAGCCAAAUUUGCCAAUCUCUUGGGACUUCAGACUGAAACUUCAGUAUUUUUCUGUUUCAGAACAAUGUACCAUACGGUUGAUGCAACUGAAGUAAACAUGGGUCCAAUUCGCGAUUAUAAGAUCCACAUGUCCAUUUAUUACGUUUGUUUUGUUGUCGUGUUUGCCUUUUUCUUUAUAAAUAUAUUCGUGGCGUUGAUCAUCGUCACUUUUCAAGAAUCUGGAGAACGGAAUAUACUGGCCAGUGAUCUAGACCGCAAUCAAGUAAGGCCUAGCUGUUCUAGAUCUAUCAGUUCUAAACUGUUCUUCUCCCUAGAGGUCCAGUAUGAGUUAUCUCUUAUUGAUUCAGUGUUACUACAGGAGGAAACCUAAACUAAACUAACUUUAUAAUAGUUUUGUUUGUGGAAACACCACGUAAAUGUAUUACUGCAAAGCCUAUUAUAAAGUUAGGUUAGUUUAGGUUUCCUCCCGUAGUAACACUGGAUCAAUAAGAGAUGAUCCUUACUGGACCUCUAGGGAGAACAGUUUAGAACUGAUAGAGCUAUCCAGUAUAAAUAAAGUUAGUUUAGUUUAGGUUUCCUCCUGUAGUAACACUGGAUCAACAAGAGAUGAUCCUUACUGGACCUCUAGGAAGAACAGUUUAGAACUGAUAGAGCUAUCCAGUAUAAAUAAAGUUAGUUUAGUUUAGGUUUCCUCCUGUAGUAACACUGGAUCAAUAAGAGAUGAUCCUUACUGGACCUCUAGAAAGAACAGUUUAGAACUGAUGGAACUAUCCAGUAUAAAUAAAGUUAGUUUAGUUUAAGUUUCCUCCUGUAGUAACACUGGAUCAAUAAGGGAUGAAUGAAGAUCCGGGCUUACGGAUCGAAAGCUUUGCAGUAAUAAAUUUACGUGGUGUUUCCACAAACAAAACUAUUAUAUGUUUUAUCGCCAUGCAAACGCACAAAUAAACUAACUUUAUUUUCACAUUCUUUCAAAAUCAAACAACGUAAUUGCUUCUUUAUAACUUCUGUGUUCUUUCAUUUCAGCGUGACUGCAUUCAAUUUGCUAUAAACGCUAAGCCACGUCAACGUUUCAUGCCGGAAGAUAAAAGUACCAUCUCAUACAAGAUGUGGGUCCUGGUGGAAUCGAAGCCUUUCGAAAUCACCAUCAUGGUUCUUAUUGCGCUCAAUGCCGUUGUUCUUAUGAUGUCGGUGAGUGACUCAAUCUGGAAGAUUUGUUUUUAUUACAUUGUGAUGGUAGAUGAUUACCUUGAACACCAUAGCGCUACCAUCAUCAAUAUGACAACCAUCACUAUCACCAUCACCGCCACCAUUAUCAAUAUCAUCAUAAUCACUAUCAUCACCAUUAUCAAUCUCAUUAUCAUCAUCACUAUCAUCACCAUCAUCAUAAUCACCAUUAUCAAUAUCAUCAUCUCCAAUACCAUCACGAAAACCAUCACCAUAAUCAUCACCAUUAUCAUCAUCAACAUUAUCACUAUCAUCACCAUUAUCAAUAUCAUUAUUACUAUCAUUAUCACAUCAUAAUCACCAUUAUCAAUAUCAUCAUCUCCAACACCAUCACGAAAACCAUCAUCAUCACCAUUAUCACCAUCAUCAUCAACAUUAUCACUGUCAUCACCAUUAUUAAUAUCAUCAUUAUUACAACUGUUAUCACAUCAUAAUCACCAUUAUCAUUAUCAUCAUCUUCAACACCAUCACGAAAACCAUCACCACUAUCACCAUCAUCAUUAUCACCAUCAUCAUUAUCAUCAUCAUCACCAUUAUCAUCAUCACUAUCAUCAUUAUCAUCACGACCAUUGUCAUUGUCAUCAUUAUCACCAUCAUAAUCAUCAUAAUCAUCAUUACCAUCAUCACCAUUAUUACAAUCACCAGGACUAAUCUUAAUUAUUUUCUUCCUACUAGUACGAUGGUAUGAGCGAAGCAUAUGAGAACACCCUGAUCUAUAUGAACACCGGUUUUACCAUAUUAUUUACGAUCGAAGCUAUCCUCAAGCUUGUGGCGUUCAGAACGGUAUGUCCAUAGCCCAAAGCUCUACAAUUUCUUUAGCCAUGCAGAAAACUGGCAACUGAACAGCGAAUGGUCGUUGUAAAUUAUUUUUUUGUUUUUCAGAAUUAUUUCCGAGAUGGUUGGAAUAUCUUCGACUUCAUCAUUGUCCUUAUAACAUUUUCUGGUGUAAUCUUAAACUUUGUUCGAGUGAGUAUCUUUUUAAGACAUUGUUGAUGCCAUAGUAUCCUUACUGGACCUCUAGGAAAAACAGUUUAGAACUGAUAGAGGUAUCCAGUGUAAAUAAAGUUAGUUUAGUUUAGGUUUCCUCCUGUAGUAACACUGGAUCAAUAAGAGUUGAUCCUUACUGGACCUUUAGGAAGAACAAUUUAGAACUGAUAGAGCUAUCCAGUAUCAAUAAAGUUAGUUUAGUUUAGAUUUCCUCCUGUAGCAACAAUGGAUCAAUAAGAGAUGACCCUUACUGGAUCUCUAGGGAGAACAAUUUAGAACUGAUAGAGCUAUCCAGUAUAAAUAAAGUUAGUUUAGUGUAGGUUUCCUCCUGUAGUAACACUGGAUCAACAAGAGAUGAUCCUCACUGGACCUCUAAGAAGAACAGUUUAGAACUGAUAGAGCUAUCUAGUAUAAGUAUAAGUAUAAGUAAAAUUAGUUUAGUUUAGAUUUCCUCCUGUAGUAACACGGAGUGAAUAAGAAGCGAGUCUUAUUUUAGUUUAUAAUAAUUUCGGCUCGGGGGCGUGUGUAUGACAUAUUGUGUUCGUUGUUUUCAGGGCACCUCAGAUAUUCCAAUUGAUCCAACAUUCUUCCGUCUGUUCCGGGCUGCUCGUCUCAUCAAACUGAUCCGGCAGGGCUACACGAUACGAAUGUUGUUAUGGACUUUCUUGCAGUCACUCAAAGCCUUGCCUUACGUCGUCACACUAAUGGCAAUACUGUUCUUUAUUUAUGCUGUGGUUGGGAUGCAGGUGAGAAAUGCUUUAUAAGUACAAAGCUUUCAGUCUUAAUGCAAUGAAAAUAGGAUGAGACUAAUUUUCCUCUAUUUGUAGCUGUUUGGCAGAAUCCAGUUAAACGAUACAACGAAUAUUAAACAUCACAACAACUUUCAAAGUUUUCCUCGAGCCUUGCAAGUCUUGUUCAGGUUAGAAUUACUUCAUAGACCAGUUGUCUAUUUAUUUAUAAUUUUGCCUCAGUCACUUGCGAGAAGAAAGCUUUCUCUCUUUCAAAUACCUCUAGGGAUCGGAGAACAGUUUAGAACUGAUAGAGGUAUUUAGGUAUAAAUAAAGUUAGUUAAUUGUUUUUGUUUGUGGAAACACCACGUAAAUUUAUUACUGCAAUAAACAAUUAUAUUUUAUCGCCAUGCAAACAUUCAAAGAACUUAAAGUUAGUUAAGAUUUCCUCCUGUUGUAACACAAGAGCAAUAAGAGAAGAUUUAAUUCAGUGGACCUCUAGGGAGAACAGAUUAGAACUGAUAGAGCUAUCCAUUAUGAAUAAAAAUUUAGUUUAGUUUAGGUUUCCUCCUGUAUUAACACUGAAACAAUAAAGAUUAACCCUUACUGGACCUCUAGGGAGAACGUUCAUAGCUAUCCAGUAUAAAUAAAGUUAGUUUAGCUUAUACAAGAUGUCACCACAUACCUUCACGGUGUUCAGAGUGAUUAUAUAAUAAAUAUUUUUCCCAUUUUAGGGCAGCUACAGGCGAGAGUUGGCAUCUUGUAAUGAAGGAUUGUUUUGGUCAAGCAUUAUGUGAUAGUCGAGCUGGUCAGGGACAUGGGGCCAAGUGCGGGAACACGGCUGCUUCUAUAAUCUAUUUUUGUUCAUUUUAUUUCCUGUGCUCGUUUUUGGUAAGUCACGAAUUGAAAUUAAACUAACUUUAUACUAUAUAGCUUUAUCAGUUCUAAACUGUUCUCCCUAGAGGUCCAUUAAGGAUCAUCUCUUAUUGAUCCAGUGUUACUACAGUAGGAAACAUAAACUAAACUAACUUUAUUUAUACUGGAUAGCUCUAUCAGUUCUAAAUUGUUCUCCAUAGAGGUCCAGUAAGGGUCAUCUCUUAUUGAUCCAGUGUUACUACAGGAGGAAGCCUAAACUAAACUAACUUUAUUUAUACUGGAUAGCUCUGUCAGUUCUAAACUGUUCUUCCUAGAGGUGCAGUAAGGAUUAUAUCUUAUUGAUCCAGUGUUUCUACAGGAGGAAACCUAAACUAACUAACUUUAUUUUUCUGGCUAGCUCUAUCAGUUCUAAACUGUUCUUCCUAGAGGUGCAGUAAGGAUUAUAUCUUAUUGAUCCAGUGUUUCUACAGGAGGAGACCAAACUAAACUAACUUUAUUUGUACUGGAUAGCUCUAUCAGUUCUAAACUGUUCUCCCUGGAGGUCCAGUAAGGAUCAUCCCUUAUUGAACCAGUGUUACUACAGGAGGAAACCUAUACUAAACUAACUUUGUUUAUGCUGGAUAACUCUGGAAUGAAAUUUCAGGACUGGAACCACAGUCGCAAGUUUUGGAAGGCACAUAAACUAACUUUUGUGCCAAAACAUCCCGAAAGACUUGCACAUCAUAUUGCAUACUUUUGAAUUUCAGAUGUUGAAUCUGUUCGUCGCUGUAAUCUUGGACAACUUUGAAUAUCUGACUCGGGAUGAGUCCAUCUUGGGACCUCAUCAUUUGGAUGAGUUUGUUAGAGUUUGGUCAGAAUAUGAUCCUACAGCGACGUAGGUCUAUUUUACGGUCACGGUUUUAUAGCAUUUCAUUUAGACAUUUCGUUUAUACAGGGUGUCCACGGGCCUUGAUAAUCCUGGAAAGUCCUUGAAUUGGAAAACAAAUUCCAGGACUGGAAAGUCCUUGAAAAUCAGUAGAAGUCCUUGAAAGUCCUGGAAUUAAUUUCCUUAACCUCCAGCUGUGCCAACAUUAGUGAUUUUGAUUAAAUUUACUGAGUAAGGUGAAUUAUUUGCUGGUUAAAGUCUAUCAAAGUCGGCCAUUUUCAAAGAUUUUUCCCACUUCCAUGUCCCUGAAUUUACUGAAAAAGGGCCUUGAAAGUCCUGGAAAAGUUCUUGAAUUUUACAUAGAUAAAUUUUGAUGGAUUUGUAAAAAAUGUUUGAGGGAAAUGAAUCGGUGUUUAAUAUUGUUCUGUACCUUUUCUUCCUAAACGUUUGUGUUGUGUUUUUUUUUUUGUAUAGAGGUCGGAUCACUCACAAGAAUGUGUACCGUCUAAUGUGUGACAUGUCGCCUCCUGUUGGCUUCGGGAGAAAAUGUCCAAGGUUCCUUGCAUAUAAAGUAAGAAGACGACUCACAUUUCAUGUAGUUGGUAAAUACUGAUGAUUAUGGUCUAGAGGUGGUUUUGAUGGUGAUUGUGAUUGUGAUGGUAGUGGUGAUGUGAUGAUGGUGUUAUUAUCACCACCAUUGUCAUCAUCAUCACCAUCAACAUCAUCACCAUUAUCAUCAUCAUCAUCAUCACCAUCAUCACCAUUAUCAUCAUUAUCAUUAUCAUCACCAUUAUCAUCAUUAUCAUCACUAUCAUCAUUACCAAUAUCAUCACCAACAUCAUCAUCAUUAUCAUCAUCAUCAUCAUCAUCAUCAUCAUCAUCACCAUCAUCAUCAUCAUUAUCAUCAUCAUCAUCAUCAUCAUCACCAUCAUCAUCACCAUCAUCAUCACCAUCAUCACCAUCAUCACCAUUAUCAUCAUUAUCAUUAUCAUCACCAUUAUCAUCAUUAUCAUCACUAUCAUCAUCACCAAUAUCAUCACCAACAUCAUCAUCAUUAUCAUCAUCAUCAUCAUCAUCAUCAUCACCAUCAUCAUCAUCAUCACCAUCAUCAUCAUCAUCAUCAUCAUGACAUCAUCAUCAUGACAUCAUCAUCAUCAUCAUGACAUCAUCAUCAUCAUCAUCAUCACCAUCAUCAUCAUCAUUAUCAUCAUCAUCAUCAUCAUCACCAUCAUCAUCAUCAUCAUCAUGACAUCAUCAUCAUCAUCAUCAUCAUCAUCAUCAUCAUCAUCAUCAUCAUCACCAUCGUCAUCAUCACCACCACCAUCACCAUCACCAUCAUCAUCAUCACCAUCAUCAUCAUCAACAUCAACAUCAACAUCAACAUCAACAUCAACAUCAACAUCAACAUCAACAUCAACAUCAACAUCAACAUCAACAUCAACAUCAACAUCAUCACCAACAUCAUCACCAUCAUCACGAUCACUUCAAAAGGAUUCACCCAAGUUGCAUUCCUGACCAUACUUUUCAUCUCGACAGCGUUUGAUCAAAAUGAACAUGCCUAUAAUGGGUGACAGCACUGUCCUCUUCACUUCGACUCUCGUCGCCUUGAUUCGUACAGCACUCGGAAUUCAUAACAAUGGCGAACCAUCCCGAGGAGACGAAGAACUGAGACAAGUUAUAAAACGAUUGUGGCCCAAAGUCUCGCCGAAGAUUUUGAAUAGAAUGGUCCCUCGUGACUCAGGUAGUGCAGCCUGAAAUUUCGAAACUAAUGCCCUGGGCAAACUUGGAAACAUUGUUGCGGAAACAUUGUUUCCUGCCAAUGUUUCGCCAAGUUUCCCAGAGUGGGCAAACAGUAGGAAACAUUAGUGAGAAACAUAGGGAAAUAUCAAAUGUUUCUGAAUUCGCUAGGAAACAUUUUUGCUUCUCGGGAAGCAAAUCUUGUUUCCACAACAAUCGAGAAUCACACAUGUUUCCACAACAAUGUUUUCUAGUUUGCCCAGGGCUUACAUUUCGAAACUUGAAUGAAGUUCUUAUAAUUUAUGAUGUAGAAAAUUGAUUUAGAAUCUCUUUUCUGUAGUACUGAGUUCUCAUCAGCUGACGAUCGGGAAGGUUUAUUGCGCGAAGUUGAUUUAUGAGAAUUACAAAAAUCGAAAGAGAAAGCAGGAGGAAAUGGAGUUCCGAGGAAGGAAGAAGGUGACUCAUCUCUUCAAGAUUCUUUUUCCAAUUUUCUUAAGCCCUGUCUGGUUAGAAUUUUUCUGGUUAGAGUUUUUCUAAUUAGUUUUCUAAGCCCUGUCUGGUUAGUAUUUUCCUCGCGAAGCUAGAAAUUACCCGAUUUAGGUAAUUCCUGCUUGAUUAGUAUGGUAUCUUCAUCGGUACUGAUUUCUUUUCUAACUAGCGACAACCCUCGCUCUUCCGUCGCUUGAUGGGCGCCUUGCGUACCUCGAGCUCGGGUUUGGAAGACGAGGAGACUGGAAACCAGGAUCACUUGCGGCCGCCACCUGCUGCACACUUGGACAGAAGGCGCAGGUCUCGGACCCUUAAUACUCCACCAUUAGCGCUGUAAGUGUCUUGUAUAUUUGUAUAUUAAGCGAAGCCGACAGAAGAAAAAGUCACUUGUUGAAAACGGACUUACGGGAUAGUCUUACUGGAUCUCUGGGGAGAACAGUUUAGAACUGAUAGAGCUAUUCAGUAUAAAUAAAGUUAGUUUAGUUUAGGUUUCCUCCUGUAGUAACACUAGAUCAGUAAGAGAUGAUCCUUACUGGAUCUCUGGGGAGAACAGUUUAGAACUGAUAGAGCUAGCCAGUAUAAAUAAAGUUAGUUUAGUUUAGGUUUCCUCCUGUAGUAACACUAGAUCAGUAAGAGAUGAUCCUUACUGGAUCUCUGGGGAGAACAGUUUAGAACUGAUAGAGCUAGCCAGUAUAAAUAAAGUUAGUUUAGUUUAGAUUUCCUCCUGUAGUAACACUAGAUCAAUAAGAGAUGAUUCUUACUGGACCUCUAGGAAGAACAGUUUAGAACUGAUAGAGCUAUCCAGUAUAAAUAAAGUUAGUUUAGUUUGGGUUUCCUCCUGUAGUAACACUGGAUGAAUAAGAGAUGAUCCUUACUGAACCUCUAGGAAGAACAGUUUAGAACUGAUAGAGCUAUCCAGUAUAAAUAAAGUUAGUUUAGUUUGGGUUUUCUCCUGUAGUAACACUGGAUCAAUACGAGAUGAUCCUUACUGAACCUCUAGGAAGAACAGUUUAGAACUGAUAGAGCUAUCCAGUAUAAAUAAAGUUAGUUUAGUUUGGGUUUUCUCCUGUAGUAACAUUGGAUCAAUAAGAAUUGAUUCUUACUGGAGCUCUGGGGAGACCAGUUUAGAACUGAUAGAGCUAUCCAGUAUAAAUAAAUGGAUCAAUUAGAGUUUACCCUUAUUGGAUCUCUAGGAAGAACAGUUUAGAACUGAUAGAGCUAUCCAGUAUAAAUAAAGUUAGUUUAGUUUAGGUUUCCUCCUGUAGUAACACUGGAUCAAUAAGAGAUGAUCCUUACUGGACCUCUAGAGAGAACAGUUUAGAAUCAACAUAACUAUCCAGUAUAAAGUAACUAAAGUAAGUUUGUUUUAUUGUUCAUUUUAUAUAUUUAGCCGUGACAAGGCAAGUAACUCUGUGAAAAUUAGCAAAAAUAAGUCGAUGAAAUUUUUCCGCAAGAAAAGAAACGCUGCAAAUCGAUCGACAGUGAGUGGACGGAUAGUGACCUUCUCUGAGGUAGGUUCACUGAUUUACUAGAAAUCGAGUGGGGAUAGUAAAUUUUACAGUUGAAAAUGGUUGAAAUGAACUCAAUUAUUUUUAUCAUUUCAUUCUUUUAAAGAACUUCUGAAAUUAUAUAAUAACUUAUUUUGAAGAUUCUCGUUUGCUCACUUUAUUUCCGAGAUAUUUCAGUUUGUUUGGUAUGCAAAUAUCCGGAAUUUAAUUACGUCACAAAUGCACAAAGAUUUAAAGUAAAAGCUUGUAUAUCGUAUUCACUAUCCAGUUUAAUUCAUUAAAAUGAAGUUUGGAGUUGUGGGAGGAUUACAUAUCCCAAUGUAAAACACCAUUUAGCCUUUUUAUUUCAUGAUAUUUAACUGUACCUUACAUUCUUUCAUCAGUCAUUAUUCAUAUGUGACGUAAAUUCCGGACAUUUGCAUAUCAAUAAAAUUGAAAUAACUCAGAGACAAAGUAUGCAAAGGUAAAUUUUUAAAAUAAGUUACAAUAUCAUUUCAAAGGUUCUUAGGAAUGAGAUGUUAGAAGAAUUGAGGUUAAGUGCACUUUAAGAAAGAAACGGUUUUUGAAAAUUGUUAAUGUUUUGUGUCAGUAUAGGUGUACGAGAUUGGAUGUUCCCUCGAAAUGUGGAAGCUUUUUUUGAAAAUUUGUUGGGCAUUGUAACAUCCUUCAACCCAGAUCAGGAAUAAUCUCUAUUAUUUUUGCAGGAGAUCCCGAUGGAUUUGACUGAUAUUAAGCCAACAAUUAUAGACUGUGAAGAAAGUCAGAGAAUUCUGCCUAAACCAAGAUCCUACACGUUUGAUAAUCCCGCCCUGGUAAGAGAACUUGCAUAUGACCAUUCAGUAGAAAUGUAGCCCGCGUGCAGGCCCAAGGGAAGAAUAGUGGGCCUGCACGCGGGCUAGUAGAAAUGAACAGAAUUUCUUAUGUUAACUCUGCGAAGCCACAUUCUUGGAGGCAAACUUUUCAGCUUGCCCGAUGUGGAUGCACACUCAGAGAGUAACAUCACAAACAUCAAUAUUGCAAAGUUAAUGCACAUUGACAAAAACAAACUAUGUCUCCCCCUCUCCCCAGUUCAAUGUUGUAAACAGCGUUGAGUUGUGGGAGCGGGGGCUUAAGAAGAGCAACAUGAUUCAACAUGGAGUUUAUCAUAAAAAUAUACGAAUUUUUGUGGAGGGAAAGGUAGUUUCAACCAGUGAUGUCCAAGAUUACAGCUCCCUCCCAGAGUAUUAGCCAUUCCGAAGUUGAUGAGAGAACUAGGGACGAGUGUUAAAAAGUGCCCAAAUUAAGAAAUGAACUUAAUAACUAAAAUGCCCACUUCAAAAUUAGUAAGUAUACAAAGUUUGAAGACGUUUACAUGAAUACCCUUCGAAUAAUAAGCUUUCGUAUAUUGUGAAAUUACUGAUUAAUUAAAAGAUUGUUUUUGGGACACGCGUCCCAAAAACAAAAAUUACAAUACAUUUCAUAGUAAAUAUCGCGAUUUUCGAAAGCUUAUUAUUCGAAGGGUAUUCAUGUAAACGUCUUCAAACUUUGUAUACUUACUCAUUUUGAGGUGGUCUUUUUAGUUAUUCAUUUCUUAAUUUGGGCACUUUUUAACACUCAUCCUCAGUCCUCUCAUCAACUUCGGAAUGGCCAAUUGCUAUCGUAAGCCGGGUUCAAAGUGUCAAAGUUUCUGUGAUCACAGUAGGAAUUUUGUGUAGAUAAGUUUUGAAGGAUUUGUAAGAACUGUUUGAGGAAACUGAUUCAGUGUUAAACAUUGAGCCAGUUCUCUCAAACAUUUCUUACAAAUCCUUCAAAACUUAGAAUUUACCCAUGCAAAAUUCCUACUGUGAUCACAGAAGCCUUGAUAAUGUGAAUCAGGCUUUCCGGCAUACAUCAGACAUCCUAGCCGGUGCCGUGACGCAAGCAACCUUACAGUUAAUACUACAUUAAGUAUUUUGUAAUUUCCCAUUCCGUCCUAGAGUAUUGACGACGAGAAAUUCAUUCCAAACCUUGUCAGGAAAUCACCUUCAUACCCCAUCUACAAAGGCACGUGGCCACCCCUCACCCCUGCUCUAGUAAUCUUACAAGUCCCCACGCUGGAACGCACCCCUCCGCCGCCCACACCCCCAGCCCUAGAUCCCUCAUUCCCUGACGUCAUACGAUCGGCGGAAGCUAGUCCCAGGCCCUCGCUGACCUCGGUCAUACAAGAUGCUAAUCUCAUCAAGGAAAUUAACGAGAGAAUAGCGGAAGCUGUGAACAGGGGUCAAAGUCCGUACUCUAUAUACGCCAUCAAAGAUGGCGACGAGGCGAGCUGGUGUUGAUGCGCCUGCGGUGAUUGUGGUCGGCGGUUGUACCAAGUAAGGUAACUUAAUGAGCCUGCAAUGGCUUUUGGGCAGCUGGUUUACAAGCUCUGCGCCUGCGAGGAUUUUGGUCAGCGUUUGUAUAAAUGAGCAUGCGCAAAGCAUGCUGCUUUAUAUGGUCAACUAUGCAUACCUAAUAAGGGCUAAGGCUACAUAGUAAUAAAGUACAAAAUGAGGAGAGUGGCGACAGGACGAAUACCAUAUUACAUACCAAAUAGAUUUUGUGAUAUUAAUUUUUAUAUUAUGAAUGCGGUGUUUAAAGUAUUUUCAGAGCUUUUUUGCUGUAUGUUUGUGACUGGCUUUAUGGUAAUCUUAAAACGGUGUGUACUAGUGUGGCAAUAAUAAUGAGAAAGAUGGCGAUUGAUGAGGAUACAACUACCGAAAAAUACCUAGGAGAAUUUCGACGUUUGGAGGCAGGGCAGGAAAAAAGAUUUGCUUCCUGGUAGCACAACCUGAAGACAAAAAUUUCCUGCAGACCAACGCAGUAUUUUUGUGCUAAAUCUGCAUGUGCAUAAACAUAUAGUGUUCUAGCUGAGCAUGCUUUUAAAUUCAAGGAAUAAUGUCUGUCAACCAUAUGUUGUUGCGGCCAUAGUGGGACAUAGGUGUCGAGGUUUCCUUCAAAUUUUCAAUAGCAAAUCUUCAUUCAAACGAAUUUCCUGCAGCUGUUUAACAUUUUGUGCGAGCAGUGCUCGCGUGCUCGCCUAUUUUUUCCACCCCUGUAAUUCGAGCCGACUUUCCGACGAACGGCCUUCGCUCGAAAACGUCGAAGUUCUCCUUGUAUUUUUCAGGUAGUUGUAUCUCUAUCAAUCGGAGACUCUCUCAUUAUUGCCACAACCUCCACUGACACAAGCUGUGCUAACAUCUAUUCACUGAGUCGGGAUAUUUAUCUUUCAAUUCAGUCUUAAACGUACGAAACAAUAUCCUAUUUUUAUCAUUUUCAUCGUUCUUUGUCUUGUGAAACGAAGUGCCGUCUUUGAAGCCUUGAUGAACCAGGAAGCCUUGAUCUAGGAUGAAAUAUCUGUAGCUAGCCACGUGCAGUUCACAUGCAUGACUGAUGCGGUUGAAUCCGUACUAAAACACAAAAACAA